AUGUCGAAGAGCGGAUCCGAUGUGGAGACUGAUCUGUCCAAGGUCAAUAUGGAUCGUGGGGGCAAAUCAAAGAGGGAACGAUCUAGAGAUGUUGUUGCCAUGAUGGAGAAGCGGCUUUCUAAGAUGGAGAUUGCCGUGGUCGAGUUCGAUCAGCGACUCGAGGAGGACGUCCUUACGAAGGGUGGCUUCGAAGCUGUGGUGGAUGAGCUUCAAGGCCAAUUCCAAGGAGCCCUCAACUCCGCACUGGACAGCAUGCGGCUAGAUGUCCAAACCAAGCUAGAUCACUUCUUAGCGGAGCUUACUUCGCUUCGUGAGGAGGUGAAGGAUGUGAAGGGAGAUUGGGCUUUGUGCAAGGAAGCUGUCUUGAACAAGACCCGGACUCCGAAGGAACCCAAGGUGUUAGAUUCUUUCAAACCCAAAUCCUAUAAUGGGAAGAGGGAGGCGAAGGAGCUAGACACAUUUCUGUGGAAUAUCGAAAGGUAUUUCAAGUAUCUGAAGCUCGAGGAUGAUGAGCCCAAGAUCAACACGGCAACGUUGUUUCUCACCGACAAUGCUCUCAUGUGGUGGCGUCGUCGAUCUAUGGAGAUCGAACAAGGUACGUUUACACUUGAGAAUUGGGAUGAUUUUAAGAAGGAUAUUAUGUUGCAUUUCUAUCCAGAGAAUGCCAAGUAUGAGGCAAAGGAGAAGCUAAGAUGGUUGAAGCAAACUGGGAACGUGAAGGACUAUGUCGCCAUGUUCACCAACCUAUUGUUCGAGGUGCCUAGCAUGACGGAUGAAGACAAGCUCAUGUACUUCAUGAGUGGCCUACAGAAUUGGGCCAAGCUGGAGUUACAAAGGAGACAUGUCCAAACCUUGUCAGAGGCGAUUGCUGCAGCUGAGUCUCUUGUUGAGUUCAAGAGGAAGGAUCAAGGCGACUCCAAGUUCAAAGGAAAGAAAGAUAGCAGUGGAUCCGGUGGGGGAGACAACAAGCCAAAAGAGGGUAGCAAGGCUGGAGACAAGUCUGACGGUCACAAGUCAUUCGGGAAGAAGAAUGACAAAGGUGACAAGGGGAAAGACAAGUCGAAGCUAGCUUGCUACUUGUGCGAUGGAGCACACAUGAUGCGGGAUUGUCCGCAAAAGAAAGCCUUGAAUGCCAUGAACCGAGAGAAGGAAGAGGAGGCCGAGAGGGAAGCGGGAAUGGGGGCCAUUCACCGCUUCAAUGCCCUACAUGCCAAGGGAGCUCAACCACAGGUUCAAGCCAAAAGUGUGAUGUUCGUCGAUGCCAUGGUGAAUGGUAAGACAACCCGUUGCCUGGUGGAUACAGGUGCCUCGCACAACUUUAUGUCCGUGCAGGAAGCAAAGAGACUUGGGUGUCGAGUCUCGAAGGAAGCAGGCAGUAUGAAGACGGUGAAUUCAACUGCCAAACCGAUUGAUGGAGUAGCUCAUGGUGUGGAGCUACACAUUGCCACUUGGAAGGGAGUAGCUGACUUCUCCGUGAUCUCAAUGGAUGACUACGAUGUCGUGCUUGGAAUGGAGUUCAUGGACAAGGUAAAGGCAUUCCCCAUUCCAUUUUACAAUACUAUGUGCAUUGCACAGGGUGGAGCAAUGCCAUGCAUGGUGCCAGUGGUGAGGCAACAAGGCGAGACGAAGCUCUUGUCAGCCAUGCAAUUUUCCAAGUCUUGGAAGAAGGGCGAACCGACGUUCCUUGCAACUAUGAAGAUGGAUGUAGUUCAGAAGGAAGUCCAACCCGUCCCGAAAGCUGUGAAGGCAAUCCUUAAGGAGUUUGCAGAUGUCAUGCCCAAGGAGUUGCCCAAAACCUUACCACCUAGGAGAGAGGUGGAUCAUGCCAUUGAGUUGGAACCAGGUGCCAAACCCCCUGCUAAGGCGCCGUACCGGAUGGCACCUCCUGAGUUGGAGGAAUUGAGGAAGCAGUUGAAGCAGUUGUUGGACGCUGGGUACAUCCAACCGUCCAAGGCCCCUUAUGGUGCCCCAGUUCUUUUCCAGAAGAAGAGGGAAGGAACGCUGAGGUUGUGCAUCGACUAUAGGGCGCUAAACAAGGUGACCAUCAAAAACAAGUAUCCAAUCCCUUUGAUUGCAGAUUUGUUUGAUCAGUUGGGAGGAGCUAGGUACUUCACCAAGUUGGACCUGCGCUCAGGAUACUAUCAAGUGAGGAUCGCACCGGGAGAUGAACCAAAGACCGCAUGUGUGACGAGAUAUGGGUCUUACGAGUUCCUUGUCAUGCCGUUUGGCUUGACUAACGCCCCUGCAACCUUUUGCACUCUUAUGAACAAGGUAUUCCAUCCUUUCUUGGACAAGUUUGUUGUGGUUUACAUCGAUGAUAUUGUGGUGUACAGCAAUUCCCUAGAGGAGCAUCUUGAGCACUUGCAGAAAGUCUUCCAAGUUCUGAGGGAGAACGAGCUGUAUGUGAAGAGGGAGAAGUGCUCAUUUGUCCAAGAAGAGGUAGAGUUCCUUGGUCACAAGAUACGGGGAGGUCAAUUGCUCAUGGAGGAGGGCAAGGUGCGAGCCAUUCAAGAAUGGGAGCCACCAACCAAGGUACCUGAGUUGCGGUCUUUCCUUGGGUUGGUCAACUACUAUCGCAGGUUCAUCAAGGGAUAUUCAGCCAUUGCCGCCCCCUUGACGGAUUUGCUUAAGAAGAACAAGGCGUGGGAGUGGACAACCCGAUGCCAGCAUGCCUUCGAUGAGUUGAAGAGGGCACUUAUGGAGGAACCCGUGCUGAGACUUCCUGAUCUUAGCAAACCGUUUGAGGUACACACUGAUGCAUUAGAUUUUGCUAUUGGUGGUGUACUCAUGCAGGAUGGACACCCAUUGGCUUUCGAGAGUCGGAAGCUCAAUGACACGGAGCGGAGGUAUACCGUUCAAGAGAAGGAGAUGACAGCCGUAGUGCAUUGCUUGCGGACAUGGAGGCACUACUUGCUGGGUUCUCAGUUCGUGGUCAAGACUGACAAUGUUGCCACAAGCUACUUUCAGUCUCAACAGAAGUUGUCACCCAAGCAGGCUAGGUGGCAAGACUUCUUGGCGGAGUUCGACUACAAACUGGAGUACAAGCAAGGGAAGACAAAUGUCGUUGCUGAUGCCCUAAGCAGGAAGGCCGCACUUGCAGCUGUUGUACAACCCCAGAGUUCUCUCAUGCAGAGGAUACGAGAGGGCUUGUUGCAUGAUCCUCAAGCCAAAAGUCUGUUGGAGCUUGUCAAAGAUGGGAAGACAAGGAGAUUUUGGCUCGAUGAUGGUGUUCUUUAUGCAACAGGGAAGAGGAUCUAUGUUCCAAGGUGGGACAAUCUGAGGCGAGAGCUACUGAAGGAGUGUCAUGACUCGAAGUGGGCGGGACAUCCAGGCACUCAUCGGACGUUAGCCUUGAUAAGUGAAGCUUACUAUUGGCCACAGAUGCGGGAGGAUGUAGACUUGUUCGUGCGGACUUGUCUUGUAUGCCAACAAGACAAGACAUUGCAGAAGCAGCCGGGUGGGUUGCUAGAACCACUUCCUGUUCCAGCCAGACCAUGGGAGAGUUUGUCCAUGGACUUCAUUGUGAGUCUACCCAAGUCAGAAGGGUGUGGCUCAAUUUUGGUGGUGGUCGACAGGUUCACCAAGUAUGCUACCUUCAUCCCUGCACCAGCGGACUGCAAUGCGGAGGAAGCUGCACGCUUGUUUAUGAAGCAUGUGGUGAAGUAUUGGGGAAUUUCCAAGAGUAUUAUCAGUGACCGCGACACUCGCUUUACUGGUAAACUUUGGACGGAGCUCUUCAGGCUACUUGGGUCACAAUUGAACUUCUCUACCAGCUUUCACCCACAGACAGAUGGUCAGACGGAACGGGUGAACGCAUUGUUGGAGCUAUACUUGAGGCACUAUGUGAGUGCCAACCAGCGAGAUUGGGCAAAGUUGUUGGAUGUUGCUCAGUUCUCAUACAACUUGCAGCGGUCGGAGUCAACAGGGUCAAGUCCUUUCGAGUUGGCAACAGGACAACAACCUAUGACACCGAACACAGUGGUGUCAGGCUACACGGGGAGUAGCCCAGCUGCAUACAAGACAGCCAAGGAGUGGCAGGAGACUAACGAGCUGGCUCGGGCUCAAUUGGAGAAGGCAACUCGGAAGAUGAAGAAAUGGGCGGACAAGCAUAGGCGAGAUGUUGUGUUCCAACCAGGUGAUAUGGUCUUUGUGAAGCUCAACCCCUCUCAACACAAGUCCACUAGAAAGUUACACAAGGCGUUGUUGAGGAGAUAUGAGGGCCCAUUUCCUAUCAUCCGAUCAGUGGGAAGAGCUGCUUACCGUGUGGAACUACCACCCCGAUUGAAGAUUCAUCCGGUGUUCCACGUGAGCAAUCUCAAGCCCUACCAUGCCGACCCCGAGGAGCCAAGUCGUGGAGAGUCUCAACGAGCUCCACCUUUGAUGGUAACUUCAUUUGACAAGGAGGUUGAGUGCAUCAUGGCCAAGCGAGAGGUGCGACGCAAGGGUGUACCGAGGUACUUUGAGUACUUUGUCAAAUGGAAGGGCUUGCCAGAUUCCGAAGGCAACUGGGAGAAAGAAGAGUCUUUGUGGAAGUACAAAGACAUCAUCGAAGCAUUCGAACGAGAAGGAUCUACCUCGGCGACGAGGACGUCUCCGGAUUAG